AUGGCUGAUCUUUACAAGUUUAUGAAGGAAGACUUUUGCCCUGUGAUGGAGUCUGAGCCGGUGUUUGCGCAGAAGGUUUGCCACCUCAUUUCCUGUGAUCGAGAAUACUCGGCAAUUGGCUCAUCCUCCGGGAUUGACUAUGCGGCUGAUAGAGACACAAUAUAUGAGAGUCUGACCACCAGUCACCCUACGUGGCUUACGCACGUAUUUGAGUACUACAACUACAAAAUCUUUGGUACCCCGCGUGCGUCCUCCAUCAGCAAAGGCGCCAAAAAGUCUCCUGGAGACCCCACCCCGCAGCAGAAGUGUCAGGAACAGGAGAAGGCAGUUUUUGCUGUGCUUGAGAAGCACUAUGCACCCAAGGAGACUCCUGCGGAUCUUUCGUCCACUGGUGAUGUUGCCCCGUCCCUCAUAGAGCUGACAGAGCAGGUCAACGCUCUUGACCUUGCUCCCCAAGCGGCUGGGGACCCCGACACCCUCCUUGUUGAUGCUCUGCCUAGCUCCACCUCAAUCUUCGCUGUCAAUGGAGCUCCAACGACCACAAACUCUGAGACCAUGGAGUUGAUCUCCACUUCUGGCACUCAAUCCUCAAUUGGAGUCCCUUCCAGCUCAAGCAUGGAAGUGGUCCCUGCUACCACAGAAGGGCCCAUGCAGAACCCAGAGCCUCCAGAACUCAAUUAG